GGCUGCCCUUAUCGAUAAGAUUACUCCGUAUUUGCCUUGGUGCCUGAGGCUUCCAAAGAACCGGGACUGGACACGUCGAUCAGACCAACCCCGCCAGGGGCAUUCUUCAACAGCAGCGUCCAUCAAGAAUUUCGCCCGGUUUUAUUUUAUUUUGCUCUUUGUCAACUUUAUAGUUCCCCUUUUGUGCCAUCUUACCUACCUCAGACAAGCGAAAAAUUGAGAGUCUGCAACUAUGGCGACUGAGGCUGCAAGUAUCUACCCCUCCCUGGAAAACCGUCCUGUAAAGGGCACCAUUUGCCUUUUUGACGUCGACGAGACCCUGACUCCUGCAAGAAGUAGUGCCUCCCCUGAAAUGCUUGAGCUUCUCUCGAAAUUGAGGCAUAAAUGCGCAAUUGGUUAUGUCGGUGGCUCCGAUUUUAGUAAACAACAAGAACAACUCGGCACGUCUUCGAUUCCGGUUACGACCCUCUUUGACUUCUGCUUUGCUGAAAAUGGUUUGAUCGCAUACCGCUUGGGAAAGCCUCUUGCCACUACUAGCUUUAUCCAAUGGCUCGGAGAGGAGAAAUAUCAGAACCUGGUGGACUUCUGCCUUAAGUACAUUGCGAAUGUGAAGCUGCCGAAGAAGCGUGGUACUUUCGUUGAAUUCCGUAAUGGGAUGGUUAAUGUCAGCCCCAUUGGGAGGAAUGCAAGCAUGCAAGAGAGAAACGAGUUUGAAGAGUAUGACAAGAUUCACCACAUCAGGGAGGAUAUGGUAGAGGCACUGAAGAAAGAAUUCCCUGACUAUGGCCUCACAUUCUCCAUCGGCGGUAAAAUUUCCUUCGAUGUUUUUCCAACAGGCUGGGAUAAAACCUAUUGCCUGCGUCAUGUCGAGGCCGAGAAGCACAUCUCUGGCACUGAGUACAAAACGAUUCAUUUCUUUGGAGAUAAAUGUUACCCUGGAGGUAAUGAUUUCGAGAUAUUUUCCGACUCGCGAACUGUAGGACAUUCUGUGUCGGGUCCUGAGGAUACCAUGAAGAAGUUAAAAGAGCUGUUUGAUCUAUAGAAAUUGUCUUCUAUCGUCGUAUGUCCUACUUGGCGUUUCAUCCGGCGGAAACAAUGCUCUGGAGCAAGGAAUAAAAAAUGUUGAUGGGAUAUUUCAAAAUGGCUAUGCUCCAUGGAUAGAAACAGUGGGAAAUAUAAUAUUACGCAAUAAUAGAACCUUGUUCGAAAUAGGUAGGCAGUUGAACCAUCUACAUAACUCGCUGUGCCAUCCAUAUCUCUGUUUUUCAGGAUA